GUUUAUUAAUGCGCUUUUUUAGGCGAAAAAGGACGAGGAAGAUAAAUUAGAUGGCUUUGUAGCGAUUACUGGCGAUAAGCCCGAAGAAGAAAAAGAUUCGCUUUUGAAAAAUAUUUUGUGGCAAAUGGAUAACGAUCGUAAGACAGGUGCAUUAAAGCAACUGCAAGGACAUAUGUGGCGUGAAGCGUAUAAAACAGGCACAGUUAAGGGACAUGUUUAUGAAGAUGUUCCUAAAGCGUUUGAAUCGUGGACAAAAAAUGGCAAAAAAAUAUACGUCUACUCAAGUGGCAGUGUUGAGGCACAGAAGCUCCUUUUCGGAUAUUCUGUACAUGGCGAUUUGCUUAAGUAUUUCAGUGGUUACUUUGACACAGAAGUAGGUGCAAAGCAAGAAAGUGACAGCUAUAAAAAUAUACUAAGUAAAAUCGGCGAGAAACCAUCUGAUGUUAUUUUUCUCACUGAUAUUGUAAAAGAAGCCGCAGCUGCGAAGGAAGCAGGUUUAUCAACAGUGAUCGUAGUACGUGAGGGUAAUUCUGUACUAACUGAUGAAGAGAAAGUUAAAUACACAACCAUUAAGUCUUUCUCGGACUUGACAUUUCAAACGUCUACAAAGCGGCAAAAGUUAGAAACAGCUGAUGACAAAGUUGAUGAAGGUACGGCUGACGAGCCAAUGGACACUUCUGAAGAUGUAGAGAUGUCAGAUGUCAACGAUAAAAAAGUUGAAAAAAACGAUGCAAAAGAAGUAAUUGAAUCGAUAGGAAAAGAAGGUGUAAAGGAUCAACCAUCAGAAGAUACUUCAAAUUCUUUAGGACAAGUGGAAGAAGCAAAAGAUGUUUCAAAUACUGAGCAGGAGAUGACAGAAUCUGAUGCCAAACUUAAGGAUAAAAAUGAGGAUACAGGUUCCUCUGAAAGUGCCAAAUGCACCGUGAAAGAUGACGCAACACUAGCCACAAAAGACAAUGAUAAAGACACUGUAGCAGAGAAGACUGAAGAAAAAUUAGAUACAAUCGCAACUGAAACUACUGCUGCUGCCGAUGAUUCUAUGGAUGUAUCUGUACCAGAGUCUGUAUCAAAGUCUGAGACCAUUCUCGCGUCUUCUGAGAAAAAGGUCGAAGAUUCUGUAGAUAUCGCAAAGGAUGUACAAGCUGAAGGUGUUGAUAAAAUUCAAACGGUUGAAAGUGACGAGAAAGCAGAUGGCAAUAAGUCACAAUCACAAACUUGUGACAAAAAUAUAGCGAACAAAUCUGAAGAAUGCUUGACAGUGAAAAAAGACGAAGUAAAAGAAGAAUCAAAGAUUACACCUGAAAGUGAGAAUAUUUUAGCAAAGAACGAACAAGAAGUAACAAAAGUGGAAACGACUGAUGUCACAGAAAAUGGAGAGGCCAUGGAAACAGCAGCGGAAAAAACUACGGUAUCUAUAACGGUAACAGAAGCAGAAGCAACAGUUACGGACGUAAGGAAAGAAACAACGCCAUCAACUGAAGUAUCUGCAGGAAAGAGUUCGGAAGUAACUGCAGAAUCCGAAAAAGUCGAUGAGAAAGUGGCCCAAGAAAUGGAAACAAAGACGACUGAUGCUGAUAAACGCGAGAACGAAACUACGCAGCAGGAGACAAUAAAAGAAAAGGAGACAGUGAAAGAAGAGAAUGUAGUGGAUACCAAGGACAAAAAUACAGUGGAUUCGGAAAAGCAAAAACUCAACGGAACCACACAGAACGGAAAUACGGAUGUGCCAGUGUUGGAUGACAAGUUACAUAGCAACGGACUGAAUGAAGGGCCAUCGAAGGAGGCGACGAAUGAAGACGCGGCAGCGCAAAACGGUGAGCCUGAGAGUUUGUCAGAAAGUAGUGCGGAAUCCAUAAAAGUUAAAAAAGUCGUCGAUUCCGCCGUAGCCGACGGUGCCGGAGAACCCGACGUUGUUCCUCCUGUAGUUGUAGCGGCGACAUCUUAACUUUGUUCUUAUACAGUUUAAGGAGCCCUUCAUGCAUAACCCCAAUCCAUGAGUACUUAUUCGCAGGUAUAAACUGAUAUUAAUUGAUCCCACAUAUACUUUAUGUAAAUCGUACUAUGUCAAAAAAAAAAAAAAAA